AAGCCCUCCGUCUCAGAGAUGCUGCCGCUGCUGCUGUCCCUGCUGUGGGCAGGGUCCCUGGCUCAGGACAAGAGAUACUGGCUGCAGGUGCCGGGGUCUGUGACGGUGCAGGAGGGCCUGUGUGUCCACGUGCCCUGCUCCGUCUACUAUCCCUGGGACACCAGGGACAACUCUGUCCCAGCUUUCGGCUACUGGUUCCAGGAAGGAGCCGAUGUGAAGCUGCAUAACCCGGUGGCCACAAACAACUCACAACGUAAAGUUCAGGAAGAGACCCAAGGCCGAUUCAACCUCCUAAUGGAUCAUGGAAACAAUUGCUCCCUGGACAUCAGAGACGCCAGGAGGAGGGAUGAAGGUUCAUAUUUUUUUCGCGUGGAAAGAGGAAAGGCAUUGUGGAGUUAGACGUCUAACCAGCUCUCCUUGCAUGUGAUGGCCCUGAACCACACACCCCACAUCCUCAUUUCUGCGACGCUGGAGGCUGGCCGCCCCGGGAACCUGACCUGCUCUGUGCCCUGGGCCUGUGAGCAGGGCGCGCCCCCCAUCUUCUCCUGGACGUCAGCCGCCCUCACCUCCCUGGGCCCCAGGACGCACCUAUCCUCAGUGCUCACCAUCACCCCACAGCCCCAGGACAAUGGCACCAAUCUCACCUGUCAGGUGAAGUUCCCCACAAGCGGUGUGAUCGUGGAGAGGACCAUCCAGCUCAAUGCCACCUGUGCUCCACAGAGCCCAGAAAGAGGUGUGUGCUUAGGGGAUGGCACAGGAAAAUCGGGGACCAGGGCAGCAGUGAUUGAGGGGGCCCUUGGGGGAGCUGGUGUCACCAUGCUGCUUGUUCUCUGCCUGUGCCUCCUCUUCUGCACAGUGAAGACCUACAGGAAGAAAGCAGCCAGGACUGCAGUGGGUACGGAGGACAUCCACCCUGCCAUAGGACCAACUUCCCUGGAUCACCGGCAAGAGUGCAAGUUAGAGGAUCCUCCUGACCCCACAAGCUCAGCAGGGGCCACCCCCACCUUGGGGGUGGAGGAAGAGCUGCAUUACGCCUCCCUCAGCUUUCAUGGGAAGCAUCCUCAGGAGAGCACCUACUCAGAAUACACGGAGAUCAGGACCCCCUACAGAAAGGGGGACCCACAGGCUAAUCCUUAG